CACGCUAAUCUGCUACUAGGCUUUAGAAGGAGAAGCUUCUUCACAGCGACGCUGAUAAACACAGGGGCAAAGGGAUGUUUUGCACUGUGUGGGAGCACACACCUUCACACAGGACUUGUGGAUCUCAAGCAGUUGAUGUGAUGCUCCUCACAUGAGUGGAUGGCCCCUUGUAGACCAGACAUGACAGCAGAGGAACCCGUUGGCCUAUGGGUGUUGAGCCCAGUGGGGGAGGUCAAGUUACUGCCUGAACAUAGGCUGAAGGAGGAAGACCACAACUGUGAUCCAGAAGUAACGUGCUAUCACACAGAGACACCCAGUGAGGUGUGUGCAGCACUCACUGACAGUGUGUGUGCUGAGGAGCUGUUCUGCAGGAUCUGCCAUGAAGACAGGACUUCAGGGGAGCUGCUGUCCCCCUGCGAGUGCUCUGGUAGCCUGGCCAUGGUGCACCGGGCCUGCCUGGAACAAUGGCUCACCACAUCCAACAGCAGCCACUGUGAACUCUGCCACCACCAGUUUGCACUCGAGCACCUGCCGAAACCUCUCACUGAGUGGUUGUGUGCUCCAUCUAUGCAGCAGCAGAGGAGGACAUUGUGUGGUGAUGCAGUAUGUUUCCUGUUCAUCACGCCACUGGCCAGCCUGUCAGGAUGGCUGUGUGUUCAGGGAGCCAUGGACCUAUAUUACACUAAUGGCAUGGAGGCCUUGGGGCUGCUGGUCCUCACCCUGGCUCUGUUUACCAUAUAUGUCUUCUGGACCACGGUAUCUGUGCGCUACCACAUGCAUCUGUUCAAGACAUGGAAGAAAACUGACCAGAGAGUGCACCUACAGAUUCCCUUGUCCGGCCACAUUACACACAACCAACAGACCCUGUCCAUAAACAGCCUCGGCAAAACCACCAACAAAGAGACUAUGGUGUAGCUACACUGUACAAUACUGAACACACCUCAAUUGAAGGUGGGGUGAGUAACAUCCCCAUACUCAACAGCAGGCUUGAAGCCACUCAGACUCCUCCAAGAGGUUAAACCAGCCUUUGCAACCUUUUCCCUACAAACAUCACAGUGGAAACCCAGACCCAGGAACAACUGCAUCACUGUGACAACUGUGGGGAUGCUCCUUCAUUUCUCACACAUCAUCGUUUCCUGAAGAACAGUGAUAUGACUGGACAAAUGUCGCUACAUGGAAUCAACACAAGAUCACCAACAGAUCUGUUGUUCUGUUCUUAUACUCUCACCAAGCACUUUUUGAGGAACAUCACAGUAAUACUGCUUUCAAAACUCAGUUUUUCAUUGCAUUGAUUCCACUAGAUGCUGGAAAUAUUCCUCUGAGCUCCUUCUCCUUGUUGACAUGUCACUCAUCAUUUGUGUCUUUACUCUUCACAUUCAUGCUGCCAAUCUGCUCUUCUACCAUAACCCAAGGAUUAUACUGGAUUCACAUCUGCUGACUGUGGAUGUCACUGAACUGACAUGUUCAGGAAACAACUUUGAGACUUUUACUUUGUGACAUGGAUCAUUAACCUGCUGGAAGUGUCCAUUAGAAGAUGGUAAACUGUGCCUACAAAGAGAUGAGCAUGUUCGGAAACAAUACUCAGAUAAACUGUGACACUUAAAUCAUGAUUGAUUUGUAUUAAAACCCAAAGUGUGUCAAAAAAACAUUCAUUACAUCACACCACCACCAACAGGUUGGACUGUUGACACAGGGCAGGUUGUCUCUAUGGAUUCAUGCUGUUGACUCCAGGUGGUGACUCUACCAUCUGCAGCCUCAGCAGAAAUCCAGACUCAUCAGACCAGGCUACGUUGUUUAGUCUUCAACUGUCCAGUGUUGGUGAGUCUGUGUCACUGCAGCCUCACUCUUCUGUUGUUGGCUGACAGGAGAGGAGCCUGAUGUGGUCUCUGCUGCUGUAGAACCAUCCACCUCCAGGUUGGAUGUGUAGUUGCCUCAAAGGAGGAUAUAUAUUCUUUGCCGUCUGUUUGUCGGUUUCUUAGCAACACUUUGCAAAAACUACUGUUCAUGAAAAGUUGUGAAGGGAUGGGGCAUGCACUUUGUUUAAAAUGGUGAGAUAAGGCCUUAGGGGAGGUAUGUGCUCUCGGAGUGCCAGUUCAUUUUGAGAUGCUUCUGUGCUCACCCCAGGUGUUAAGAGUGGAUAUGUGCAGUAGCUUUUUUGUCAGCUCCAACCAGUCUGACCUUUCUCCUCUGAUCCCUCUCAUUAACAACGACCUGCUGCUCACUGGACCGUUUUAUUUAGUCUCCAUUCUAAGUAAAAACUCUGAUAUCAGGAGAUCAACAGAUACAGAAAAACUCAAACCAACAAUCAUGACAGUCACAUAUCAUUCUGAUAUUGUUUAAUUGCUGCCACAUGACUGGGUGACUGCAUUAUAGCACAACUAAGCAGGUAUACAAGUGUUCCUAAUAAAGUGCUUGAUAAAAUGCAGUUUUUGACUUGUAUGAGAUGAAUUAAAGUCAGCAAUGCUAUAAUUAAGGUACACCAUCCACCUGAAUAUUCAUUAGCUAUUUAACUUGACUCAUUCCUGCAGUUAAUUGAGGGUCGACUCAUCAUUCAGCUGGUGUUAAGGGUUCCACUUGUAUGCACCGUCUUUGCAGAUGGUUGGGUUUUAUUUGUUCAAGUUAUAUCUGCCCUGAGAUUGCUGCCUAAUCCCCAAGUUAAGCAUGUUAGCAGGCUAACAUGUGUUACCUUCACUAAAGACUGAUGGGACUAUCAUCACUCAGGUGUAUGCUGGUGAACUGACUGACUCUGGCACAGUGGGUCAUGUAAUUCCUCUUAAAUAGUUACUUGUGGGAAUUACAGAAGGACUCCAGUUGGUGAGAGCAAAAGAAACUCUGCACCACUUUGGAUUAGAUCUUUUGUCGUGAGCAUGGACAUAAAGAAAACCUGUUAUUUUACCGUUGGCUAAUAAACUGCUUUUCCAACACUUA